AUGGUAUGCAAAGCAUUGGUGGCAAGCCAGCUUCGGGCAAGAACGUCACUGAUCGAGCGUACCUGGCCAGCAAGCGCCGUUGUCACUAUGGCCUCACAGAUUCUAAACAACGAUCUUUCGGUGUCCGCGAAGAAUACCGUAUUUCGUGGACCUUGUUUCAAAGCGUUCUGGCAGUGCUGCGCUCUCUUACCCCAGAGGCCCGCUCCACCCAGCUACCAGGGCCUCCAUCCUACCUGUGGGCAGUUCGCACUCCCAUCUUUGUUGAUUACGUCUGGCACAAUAUAA